AUGCAAGCCAUAACAAUAGCAUUGGGAUGUGUCCUCUUGGCCACUUGCCUAUCCUACUUGCCAGGAACCGACGGGCAGGCGUGCACAGCACCUGACACUCCAGCUGGAUGCACAGAUUGCACUGACCCUCUCAAUGUGUUAUCCCCCGACUGUCUCACGACAACCGUGGCCCCCGACACAACUGUUGCUGUUGAUACAACGGUUGCUGGUGACACCACGGUUGCCGGAGAAACAACAACUGCCUCCUCCUCAGACACGACGACUCCAGCCACCAGCGGAGGCACGAAGAAGAAGAAGACGAUUAAGUUCAAGAUCGUGAGGAAACCUGGCAAGAAGGUCAUCCGUAGACGUCGCAAGGGAGGCAAGAAGGAUUGGCUGUUAAAUAAGUUUCAAUAUCCAACAACCAACAAGCCGGAUACUGGAUGCACAGAAUGCACCAGUUCAAGUCCUUAA